AUGAAGUUAAAGGAUUUGUCUGAACAAACCCAAGAGUCUCAACCAACUAUCAAACACUUAGAUGUUUCUAGUAAUCUAUUAAAAUCUGGAAAGGAAUUAGCUAUGUUUCCAAAUUUGGAAACCUUGAUCAUAGAUAAUAAUUAUUUCUUCAGAUUAGAUGACUUUCCAGUCUUACCAAAUUUAAUAACACUUAGCGCAAACAAAAAUACUUUCAAUAAUUUUGACAUGUUUAUACAACAUUGCAAAGAGAAGUUUCCUAGGCUAAGUCAUCUCAGUUUAAUAAAGAAUCCCAUCUGUCCCAUGUUUACCUAAGGGGAAGAAGAGAAUAUAAAUUAUCGAGCAAAAUUCAUUUAGGAACUUCCUUAAUUAAAAAAUCUAGAUGGUACUCCUGUUAAUCCAUUAGAGGCAGAUCCUAAUUUUUAAAAGCUUUAAUAGUAAGCAAAAUAAUAACAAGUCUAAAAUUAUGAUGAACAAAAGAGAGGAACAAUCGAUUAUAAUGCCAAAUAUCAAAAACCUAAUAGUAAAACUGUAAAAACCAAAAGUGAAGGAAAUAGAUUUGUUAAAAACACGCAUUUAUGA